GCCCGCGCCGGAUGCGCUAGCAGUAAUCUUGCCGUCUUUGGAGGUCGGCGGCGGUCUCUGUGAGCCGCGUCCAGUCGGGAUCGCCUUCCGUCGGUUUUUGGCUGCGAUUCCGGACCGAGGUUGUUCCGCUGGGGCGGACGGAUGUUUUCCCUCGGCGACAGCACGGUGCUGCUGGAAUCUCGCUUUGGACUCCAACCAGACCCGAACCGCCCGUGGAACGCGAGGAUGGCUGUGACGUCAGAGGCCACGGGCCACCAGUCUUGACAGGAAGCUCGAGCGGCGGCGGCGGAGUCACGCCCGUGAGUCUUUCCGGCCGUGAAGCGGGCGAGAUGGCGGACAAGACGGCGCCGCGCUGCCAGCUGAGGCUGGAGUGGGUCCACGGCUACCGCGGGCACCAGUGCCGCAACAACCUGUUCUACACGGCCGGGAAAGAGCUGGUCUACUUUGUGGCCGGGGUGGGCGUGGUCUACAAUGCCCGCGAGCACGCUCAGAGGUUCUACCUGGGACACAACGAUGACAUCAUCAGCCUGGCGCUGCAUCCCGACAAAGUGCAGGUGGCGACCGGCCAGGUGGGCAAGGACCCGUACGUGUGCGUGUGGGACACGUACGCCAUGCAGACCGUCUCCAUCCUGCGCGACGCGCACACCCACGGGGUGGCGUGCCUGGCUUUCGACGGCGACGGACAGCGACUGGCCUCGGUGGGUCUGGACGCCAAGAACACGGUCUGCGUGUGGGACUGGAGAAGAGGACGCGUCCUGGCCUCGGCGACUGGACACUCGGACAGAAUCUUCGACGUGGCUUGGGAUCCGCAGCUUUCGACGCGAUUAAUCAGCUGCGGCGUCAAACACAUCAAGUUCUGGACUCUGUGCGGCAACGCCCUGACCCCCAAACGCGGAAUCUUCGGAAAGACGGGCGACCUCCAGACGAUUUUGUGCGUGGCUGCCGCCAAGGACCAGACCACGUAUUCGGGAGCGCUCAACGGGGACGUGUACGUGUGGAGAGGAGUUUCGCUCGUCAGGACGGUGCAGGCGGCGCACGGGGCGGGCAUCUUCAGCAUGCACGCCAGCGAAGAAGGCUUCGCCACCGGCGGGCGAGACGGUUGCGUGCGCCUUUGGGACGUCGACUUCAAGCCCAUCACCAAGAUCGACUUGCGGGAAGCCGAGCAUGGAUACAAAGGUCUGUCCAUUCGCAGCGUCUGUUGGAAGGCCGACCGGAUUCUGGCCGGGACGCAGGACAGCGAGAUCUUUGAAGUCAUGGUCCGGGACAGAGACAAACCGCUGCUGCUGAUGCAAGGGCACAGCGAGGGCGAGCUCUGGGCACUCGACCUCCACCCCAAACAACCGGUCGCCGUGACCGGAAGCGACGACCGCUCCGUAAGGCUGUGGAGCCUCCCUGACCACACCCUGCUGGCCCGCUGUAACAUGGAAGAAUCGGUGCGGAGCGUUUCCUUCAACAACGACGGAUCCCAGUUGGCUCUGGGCAUGAAGGACGGAUCUUUCACCGUCCUGCGAGUCAGGGACAUGACGGAGGUAGUGCACAUCAAGGACCGGAAGGAAGUGAUCCACGAGCUCAAGUUCUCCCCAGACGGCUCCUUCUUGGCGGUGGGCUCCAACGACGGCGUGGUGGACAUCUACGCCGUGGCGCAGCGCUUCAAAAAAGUUGGCGAGUGCACCCGCUCGGCCUCCUUCAUCACCCACCUGGACUGGUCCGUAGACUCUCGUUUCCUGCAAACCAACGACGGUGCCGGAGAACGCCUCUUUUACCGAAUGCCAGCAGGUAAGCUGGUGUCCAAGGAGGAGACCAAGGGGGUCCAUUGGAUGACGUGGACCGGCGUGCUGGGCCCGGAGGUCAACAGCAUCUGGCCCAAAUACUCCAACGUGACCAAUGUCAACUCGGUGGACGCCAACUACACCAGCGCCGUGCUGGCCACCGGCGACGACCUCGGCCUCGUCAAACUCUUCCGCUUCCCGUGCCUCAAGAAAGGUGCCAAAUUCAAGAAGUACAUCGGACAUUCGGCCCACGUCACCAACGUCCGCUGGUCCGGCGAUCUCCAGUGGUUGGUCAGCACCGGGGGCGCAGACCACGCUGUCUUCCAGUGGCGUUUCUUGCCGGAGGGUGUCAUGAACGGUGUCCUGGAGCCCCUUCUCCAAGAAGGCUACGCAGACUCCAACAGCGGCGACUCCGACUCAGACGUGUCCGACGUCCCCGAGAUCGACUCGGACAUCGAGCAGGAAUCUCAGCACAGCUACGAACGUCAGGUUUACAAAGACGACCUCCCGCAGCUACGAAGGAAGCCGAUUGGUUCCCUGAAGCGGGAGAAAGCUCCUGAGGAGGGUCUUCGUCUGCAGUUUGUUCACGGGUACCGGGGCUUCGACUGCCGUAAUAACCUGUUCUACAGUCAGACCGGCGAGGUGCUCUACCACGUCGCCGCUGUGGCGGUGGUCUACAAUCGGUUGCAGCACGCUCAGCGGUUUUACCAGGGUCACGACGACGACAUCCUCAGCCUCACUGUGCACCCCCUCAAAGACUACGCCGCCACCGCGCAGGUGGGCCGAGACCCGGCCGUCCACGUGUGGGAGAUCCUGACUCUGAAAUGCCUGUCGCUGCUCCGCGGUCACCACAGCACCGGUGUCUGCGCGCUGGACUUCACGGCUGACGGGAAGAGUUUGGUGUCGGUCGGUAUGGACGAAUUCUACUCGGUGGUCAUCUGGGACUGGAAGAAAGGCGAGCGACUGGCCAAAAGCAGGGGUCACAAGGACAAAGUGUUUGUGGUGAAGAGUAAUCCCUUCCGGAUGGACAAACUGGUCACGCUGGGGAUGAAACACAUCAAGUUCUGGCAACACACAGGUGGCGGUCUGACGUUUAAACGCGGAAUCUUCGGGAACCUGGGGAAGCAAGAAACCAUGAUGUCGGCGUGUUACGGCCGCUCCGAGGACUCCGUCUUCUCCGGGGCCACCAACGGAGACGUUUACGUUUGGAAAGAAACCACGCUCGUCAAGACCGUCAAGGCCCACGACGGGCCCGUCUUCGCCAUGUGCUCGCUGGACAAGGGUUUUGUGACGGGCGGAAAGGACGGCGUGGUGGAACUCUGGGACGAUGCCUUCGAAAGAUGUCUGAAGACCUACGCCAUCAAGAGGGCGCUUCUGUCCCCCUCGUCCAAAGGGCUGCUCCUGGAAGACAACCCGUCUGUCCGGGCCAUCGCGUUGGGACACGGGCAUAUUCUCGUCGGCACCAAGAACGGAGAAAUUCUGGAGAUUGACAAGAGCGGACCGAUGACCUUGCUGGUCCAGGGUCACAUGGAGGGAGAGGUUUGGGGUCUGGCCGCCCACCCGCUGCUUCCCGUGUGCGCCACCGUGGGCGACGACAAAACUCUGAGAAUGUGGGAACUGUCGGCCAAUCACAGGAUGGUCGCCGUGCGCAAGCUGAAGAAAGGCGGGCGCUGUUGCGCUUUCUCUCCUGACGGCAAAGCUCUGGCGGUGGGUCUGAACGACGGAAGCUUCCUGGUGGUCAACGCCGACACCCUGGAGGACAUGGUGACCUUCCACCACCGCAGGGAGCUCAUUUCCGACAUCCGCUUCUCCCAAGACACGGGGAAGUAUCUGGCCGUGGCUUCCCACGAUUCCUUCGUGGACAUCUACAACGUUCUGACCAGCAAGAGGGUGGGCAUCUGUAAAGGAGCCGCCAGCUUCAUCACUCACGUGGACUGGGACUCCAGAGGAAAGCUUCUGCAAGUCAACACGGGAAGCAAAGAGCAACUUUUCUUUGAAGCCCCUCGAGGACGCAAGCAGAACAUCGUGGCCACUGAGUUGGACAAACUGGACUGGGCCACCUGGACUUCAGUUCUGGGUCCGAGCUGCGAGGGAAUAUGGCCAACGUUCGGCUUUGUCAACACAACGUCGCUCAGCAAAGAUGGAAAACUGCUGGCCAGCGGGGACGACUUUGGCUUCCUGAAACUCUUCAGCUUCCCUUGCAGGGGUCAGUUCGCCAAGUUUAAGAAGUACGUGGGUCACAGCAUCAACGUGACCAACGUCCGCUGGUCCAAUGACGACGCGCUGCUGUUGUCGGUGGGCGGGGCCGACACCGCGCUGAUGAUUUGGACUCGGGAGCAUCCGGGUCACAAGGAGAAUAAAGUCGUCGACAGUGAAGAGUCUGACGACGACACCGAGGAAGACGGAGGCUACGACAGCGAUGUGGCUCGGGAAAAGGCCGCGGACUACGUGACCAAGGUCUGCUCGGCCAGCAUCCGGAAGAUGACCGGAACCAAACCCCACCUGCAGCACAAGGAACUUCCUGUGGAGGAGAGACCUCCGGUGAGUCGGGCGACUCCGCUGCCUGACAAGCUCGUGAGGAACAACGUGUCCAGGAGGAAGAAGGCAGUGGAGGACUUGCAACUGGACCACGUGUUCGGAUACCGAGGCUUCGACUGCCGUAACAACCUUCACUACCUCAACGAAGGCGCCGAUAUCAUCUUCCACACCGCGGCCGCGGCCGUCAUGCAGAACCUGUCCUCCGGAACUCAGAGUUUCUAUCUGGAGCACACGGACGACAUUCUGUGUCUCACCGUCAACCAGCACCCCAAAUACCAAAACGUCAUCGCCACGGGACAGAUCGGUGACAUCGCGGAACUCCCAGGUUUCGCUCCGUGCAUCCACGUGUGGGACGCCAUGACCAAGCAGACCUUGUCCAUCCUGCGGUGCUCCCACGCUAAAGGUGUCGGCUACGUCAACUUCAGCGCGACGGGGAAGCUGCUCCUGUCCGUUGGGGUGGAGCCCGAACACGUCAUCACCGUGUGGCGCUGGCAAGAAGGCACCAGGAUCACCAGUAAAGGGGGCCACGCGGAGCGGAUCUUCGUGGUGGAGUUCCGACCGGACUCGGACACCCAGUUUGUGUCGGUGGGCGUCAAGCACAUCAAGUUCUGGACUCUGGCGGGCGGCUCGCUCUUGUACAAAAAAGGCGUCGUCGGCGCCGUGGAGGACGGACGCAUGCAGACCAUGUUGGCCGUGGCCUUCGGAGCUAACAACCUGACCUUCACCGGCGCCAUCAAUGGCGACGUGUACGUGUGGAGGGAGCACUUCCUGGUCCGGGUGGUGGCCAAGGCGCACAGCGGUCCGGUCUUCACCAUGUACACCACGUUGAGGGACGGACUCAUCGUCACGGGCGGGAAAGAACGUCCGACCAAGGAAGGCGGCGCCGUCAAGCUCUGGGACCAGGAGAUGAAGCGAUGCCGGGCCUUUCAGCUGGAAACCGGUCAACCGGUGGAGAAUGUCCGAUCCGUCUGCCGAGGGAAGGGGAAGAUCCUGGUGGGAACCAAAGACGGCGAGAUCAUCGAAGUCGGAGAGAAGAACGCAGCGUCCAACACCAUGAUCAACGGACAUACCCGGGGCGGGAUCUGGGGACUGGACGCCCAUCCUUUCAAAGACGUCUUCAUCUCUGCCAGCGACGACGGAACCGUACGCAUCUGGGACCUCGCUGAUAAGAAACUCCUGAACAAGGUGAACCUGGGCCAUCCCGCGAAGUGCACGUCGUACAGUCCCAACGGCGAGAUGGUUUCCAUCGGCAUGGAGAACGGAGAGUUCAUCAUCCUGCUGGUCAACUCGCUCAGCGUUUGGGGCAAGAAGCGAGACCGCAGCGUCGCCAUCCAGGACGUACGCUUCAGUCCAGACAACCGCUACAUUGCCGUGGGUUGCGUCGAGAGCGCCGUGGAUUUCUACGACCUUUCUCUGGGCUCCUCCCUCAACCGGAUCGGUUACUGCAAGGACAUCCCGGGCUGCGUCAUUCAGAUGGACUUCUCUGCGGACAGCAAACACAUUCAGGUGUCCACGAGCACCUACGCUCGGCAGGUACACGAAGUUCCUUCGGGGAAGAUCGUCACGGAACCGUCCCUGGUUGAGAGGAUCACCUGGGCUACUUGGACCAGCAUCCUCGGCGACGAGGUCCUGGGGAUUUGGCCUCGUAGCGCCGACAAGGCGGACGUGAACUGCGCCUGCGUGUCCCACGCCGGCCUCAACUUGGUCACCGGCGAUGACUUCGGCCUCAUCAAGCUCUUCGACUUCCCGUGCUCGGAGAAAUUUGCCAAGCACAAGCGCUACUUCGGCCACUCGGCUCACGUGACCAACGCUCGCUUCUCCUGCGACGACAAGUUUGUCAUCAGCGCCGGCGGCAGCGAUUGCAGUUUGUUUGUGUGGAAAUGUCACUAACUGCCAGCAAGCUCCAGCCGACCGAGCGGGAUUUGUUUUUCCGCUCGUCUACCUCACCGUCCCGUUCGCUCGCUGAAGGUCACCGGGGCAAAACCCGCUCGCCGGACUUGACGGAAACGCUGACUGAUGCAUUGAUGAAAUGGGAAAAGACGCCCGAGUACGCCGGAGCCCCGUUCGUUGCAGGGCGUACGUCGGGGAUCCCGAGAGCCCGUUCCAUCCGUCCGUCCAUUGUCAGGUCCGCUUCUGCCCACAGGGGUCGCGGGAGCGCCGGAUCCCGUCACAGCUAUCAGGCGGGGUACACCCUCGACUGGUCGCCAACCAAUCGCAGGGCACAUAGAAACACACCAGUAAGGGAAAUUUAAAGUUUUUGGGACGGGGGGGUCAUGCAAACUCCACACAGGCGCAGCUGGGAUUCGAACCCCAGUCCUAACAACUCUGAGGCAGAUGCCCUAACCGGUCAUUCCAAGGGGCCGCCCGAGGCCAUGUCAAAGAUGAUUUCUUUCGGUGCCUUGAGAUGCGAGUCUUUCAACGCCGAACGGUGGCGGUCAACUGGACUCAACCAGCAAAAGAGUUCAGCGGACGACCGACAUUUCGUACCCAAAAACGACAUUCACGCGAAUUCGCAUCGGAGUUUGAAGCCAGAGCGGGCGGAGUUCCGAGCCUCGCUGGCCGCCCGGAAGUGGAGAUGUCGUCCGUCUGGCUCCUUUUCUGGCUUUUUUUUUUUUUUUUUUUUUUUUUGCCAGGCUCGGUAUCUUCUUCUGUUUCUUGAGUCGCCAGCGCCACCUGCUGCUCCGUUUCGCCAUCGAGGGCUUCGACGUCACGCUCGCGGACAUCCAUCCGAACGGUAGUCCCAUUCGUAUGUUCUUUAUCCUCUGCGUAGAAGGACUAAGAUCACUGCUGAGUCGUUCUUCUGAAUCCCGCCCGGGUCGGAGGCGGGACACGCCUGCUGCUCUAUGAUUGGUCAAUCGCAUUACAGCGAGGCCCGUCCCGGAAUUCCGAAUAAAUCCUCGAUGAACAGUUUGGCCGACUGAGGCCGGAAAGGGAGGCCGUCGGCGAUUCCGUGGAUUGUGACAAAAACUCCAAUUGUCUGUGUUUGUUUGCGUACAUGUGCUUUGGGAGGGAGCACAUUUAACUCGUGAAGUUAUUAAAAGACCCCAAGGAUUAAAGUAAUCAAACUGUCCAGAAAUGGGAGACCUUUGCGGAAAUAAAACAUUCUCUGGCUCGCGCAGUUCUGCAAAUUCGUCCCUCCCGGUCCACGUUUACUGUGAAAAGAAGGUGAAUAAGCAUUGUAUAUUUAAAGACCAAAGAACAAACAAAACGACUAUCGUUGGGGGAGGGGGGCAGGUAGCUCACUGUUCUCAAGACAUUGCAAUAGGCUAGAGCAGGGCUAGUGCAAAUUAGCAUAGAUCAGCAGUUUUCAAACAUUUGACAAUAUAAUAAAAAUAAAUGAAGGUAUAUUGUAUAUUGGAGUCUGACAAGCCAAACGGCUACAGGACCGCACUUUUUCCGUCGGAGCGAGUUGAUAGUUGAUGUGGGGCGUUUGUCGUCUGAUGUCCAGCGAUCAAUCCCCGACUAAUUUUUGGGAGAUGCCCUCUUUCAGUCGCUUUUGGCCGUGUCGUUAGCUUAAAAAUUGGCGACGUAGCGGUGCCGCAAACAAAAUGGCGCCACAUAGCACUGGACAUCUGUUGUGCUACGCUAACAACAGCGCUGUGCGUUUGUGUGAUGGAAAUCCAUUUGUUUGAGGAAAAAAAACAAGCCAGGACAUGAAUUGUGUUAGGUGAAUUAUUAUCUUAUGUGGUUUAUUUAUUUGGUAUGCUAGUGGCAUGUUUGAUUCAGAUUAGCGUUCAGCAAGACAAGCAAACAGUAUGCCACACACGGGAGCAGUUAGCCUCGCUAAUGCUAACGUGAUUCUAUUUUAGCUUAGCUUCUGUGAUUAGUUUGUUGUACAGUUAGUGGUGAUGUUCAUGUAUAGUCAGUGCUAACGACACAUUUUAUACAUUGUCGGUGUUUGACAAACAAAUGCUACUCACGAUCAGCCCCUGCGCUUCGCAUCCAAGAAAGGAAAGACCUGUGCUAAGCGAGGCUAGCGUGACACGCAGUCAUUUCUCUUUGUGAUUUUGUCAUAGUAAGUAUUUCGUGUCGACAAAGUUUAGGAAUGAUUUCACAAUAAAAGUGUGUAAAUGUUGAAUUGUAGUUUUUGACAUCUUUUAAAUAACUUGAUUUACCAUCCGGCCCAGGACCAGACUGGGGAGGGGGGGGG